ACUGAGGAUCGUUUCCUCGCGCUCCGGAAUUUCCAUUUCCCUCUUUUUCUCUGAAUGAAGUUUCGAGCCAAUUUCUUGUUGGAACACAAGCUUGGAGCAGCAAAUGCAUGGAAUGGUGAAGUAUAAGUCAGCUAAUCUGUAGCAGGAAUGAAGGCGAGGAUCGUUUUAAGGAAGAUUUAUGACUACGUUCGGUAUGAUUUGAAGGAAAUUGCAUUUCCUUCGUCGCUGCCAGAUCCUCCGCAUUCAAAGAAGCGUCGAAAGCUUACAUGGCGUGAACGAUUCUUGGUGUUGAAGGAGGCUUCCAGGUUAUAUGCUGCAAGCUGGGUGCGGGACAUUGGUCCUGAACUGCGACCAAAUGACUAUAAGGUGGAAGAAAGCGAAAACAAAAAGAAUUCAGCAAAAAGUGCACCUAAGGAGAAAGAACCUUCAACACUGGAAGAUCUGGCCAUGGCUGCAAGAGGAGGAAUGGAAACAUUAAAACCAGCUUUGCAGCGGGUGUAUAUGACUAAAGCUUCUGCAUAUAGAGACGCUCUGAAAAAUUUUAUAGAUGGCUAUCAAGAAGGUAUUCAGCAAGUCAUGGAGAAAAAGAAAAUUUCUGAUUCCGAGAAGGGAAGCGAAAAAAUGAAAUAAAAAUUUCUGAUCGUAUUGAUGUUUUAUGUAAAAGCUACAGAAUUGUGACUACACUAGUUUAGAGGAUUGGGCAGCUCAAUUUCUAGUUCUAAAAAUUGGUUUAGAUUUUUUGUGUCGUUUGCGCGGUGCAAUUUGAAAUUCAUACUGUUUUAAGCACCACCUAUUUAUUCACACGAACACACGCGGUCAUAAGAAAGGGUAGCAAAUUCAACCUUUAUGUUCCCUAAA